CUGAGAUUAUCUUUGAAUAUACCUAACAGAGAAUGAGUUUAUGCAAAGCAUCACUGGGUUUUUCGUUCAUCGCCGCUCUAAUCUGCAGAUGCGUUUUGGCAGUGCCCGUUUUGUUGGACCCGAACGAGUUGCCGGUAUGGAGUUGGGCCUCGGACUCGGGGUCGGGGGAUGAGUCCCCUGUAAUCAUCACUUGUGGGGUAAGUACCCUUUCUUUCUUUAAUUUAUUAUUAUUUUUUGUUUGUUUACAUCUGCCAAUUUUUAAUUUUUUUUAAUAAAGGUUUAUUAAGGAAGGAAAGCGUUUCAAGCCGUGCGAUGGAGAUGUUGGAACAAGGUAUGUGGAAGCUUGAAGUAUCAAAACAAAGAUUACAGGAGUCUUUUGAACACCCAACUUCCGGAAAUAACGUCAACGGCGAACUCCAAAACAACUUAAGUUUUUGAACUACUUUCUAUUUCUUGUUGGUUUUCUUCAUUUGUUCUGGUAUGUGGAAGCUUGAAAUAUAACGUAUGGUACGGUAUAGGAGUGAAAUUUUUUUUGAAGUGAGAAGCGCCAGGGCUCUGCUUGUCUUGAGCAAGUUAAAGUAGGUGUCCACGGGGCCUAUUAGUAAUCUUCAAAUCGAUUUUUUGUAUAUUUUUCAUUUUGAAUAAAUUUUCUACGAGUAUCCCCAACAGGUUUAAGUGCCCUAAAUCAGGUGUCAGCCGUGUUUUGCUGCAAAGCAUUGGGGUUAUGUUGGUUUUUUUUUUAUAUAGUUUUUUUUUUAUAGUUUUUUUUUUUUUUUUCCCGUGUUUUGCUGCAAAGCAUUGGGGUUAUGUUGGUUUUUUUUUUAUAUAGUUUUUUUUUUAUAGUUUUUUUUUUUUUUUCCCCUGGGGUCAAGAUGGAACAAGCACCAUCGAGUGAUACAUUUUAUGUUUAGAUAUUUAAGAAUACGCCUAUGAAUUUUGUCACCGUGGGUUAUCUUUAGCGUGCGACGGAAGUCAGGCGCCGGCUCUUGCAUUUUCAUAUUAUCGAUCAAACGCUACACUUGCUUUUCAUGAUAUCGUGGUAGCAUGUACAGACCGACCGAAAGUGAUUUUCUGAUUUCGGCUGAAACCGAAACUAGGCCGAAAGUUGAAAAUGAAUUUUGGCCGAAACCGAAGCCGAAACCAAAAGCUUAGUGAGACUGAAUCCGAAAUAGAAAUAUUUGGAUAUUUUGAGAUUAGCUCACGCAUACAUUCUGCAUGCAUCACACAUGAUGGGGGAAAGUAUCAAUAUUUACAUUCUUUUUAUAAAAUGAAAUCAUCAUGAAUAUCAAUAAAUAAACAUCUCAGGCAGGGUUCUCAAAAUCACGGCUUGCGGGCCAUUUGCGGCCCGCAAGACGAUAUUUUGCUGCCUGCUACAUGAAAGCAAAGUUAUUGUUAAUGCGGCCGGCACGUUUUUCCAGUUCUCAUUUCUAUAAUGUGAUCCGCUGCGAUGGUUUUGGUCGAAUCUCACCGACUAGUCUGAUUCUGAUUUUUAUUACGUUUCUAUAUAUUUGUAUUUUGUUACUAAUGGUGAGAACUAUUUUAAAAUCAGAGAACAAAAGUUUUUAUUUUAUAGCCUUUUGAAAAUUUUGAAAAGUCUCGAUUUGUAAAAUUAUGAUUGUGCAUUUCCCACCAACUGACUUUUAAAACUUUUCUCAAAACUGAUUGCUAAGAUUUUCACAAUUAUGGUUGUGCAUUACCCUCCAAUUAGCAUUCGGAUACAGUAUCAAAGAAUCCUUAUUAAAAUUGCCCCUAGUGUUUACUUGUGGGUGAAAUUCCGAGCCUGUCAGCUUGGUCACUUUCAAAAUAGUGUUGCCUACGAUAAAAAAAAAAUCAAAAUUCAUUCUCCCUACAAUAGCUUCUUCCUUCGCAUCAAUAAUUCAUAAAUAUGGCCUGCUCCUGCCUACUGUUUGAACACGUUUUAGCUUUCAUAAGGAAAUGAUGGGGGUGGUUGUUCCUGUACUAAAGAUCUCAAAUGGAUCAUGGACUUGGCUUUUCUUGUUAAAAUUACACAGGAGCUGAAUGUACUCAACAAGAAUUAACAAGACCAGGGGUAGCUUGUCAGUGUUACCUAUGACACUGUCGGGGCAUUCUGCACAAAACUUUUGUUAUGGCUCCUCUGCCAAUUUUCCAAGCAUGCAAAGCACUCAUGGACUCGGGUGAACCAUUCCGUAGUAACUUAGUAGUAAGUAUAUUGAUGCCAUUGCAAAACUACAAGAAGAAUUUGAUCACAUUUCUUAGACUUCAAAACACACACAGCCAUUUUCAGCUUUUUGCUGACCCUUGCUCCUUUGAUGUGGAAGAUGCCCCAACCCCCAUACUUUUUUUAAAACCUUUUUUACGCUUUAAAUGGAGCUGGUUGGUCUUCAGUGCAAUUAAAAGUUCAAGGAAGUGAAUGGAAAAACAGAAAAGCAUGGACAUUUAAGGAGAGCAUUGCCCUCCAUCUUCACUGAUAUUUCUAGGUUGUUGAAGCGGAUCAUGUGCCUUUUUGGGAGUACCUAUUUGUGUGAAAAGCCUUUUUCUUCAAUGAACUUUAACAAGUCAAAAUUCAGGGCCAAUCUUACUGAAGAGCAUCUGAGGGUCUCAGUUGCUGCUUUACUCAAGACAAAGCUGCUCAGCUGUGUAAGAAGAAGUGCCGCCAUGAGGUCUCUGGCAACAAGGAGUAUGAGGGAGAAAGUGAAGCCUAGUUCUUGAAAACCUAAUAAUCUUUUUAUUUGUAUUUUAUAAAGGUUGAGUAGAUUGUAACAGUUGUACUUAAAUGAAUUGUCUUUUUUGUGGAAUACGUGAUGCGGCCCACUCUCACUCAGACUCUACCUCCUGCGGCCCCCGGAGGAAUUAAGUUUGAGAUCCAUGAUCUAAUGCAGGGGUCUCCAAACUUUUCAGCCCAAGGGCCGCAUUAACUAUCAAACAGCAUUUCGGGGGCCGACUUCAGACUCGAGGUCCAAAUAAAAAAGAAUCAAAACAUCGAUGUUGUUUUUAAUAUUUAUGUAAUAUUAUUUAAUUCAGAUAUUAUUUAAUUAUACAUUGAUAUACGACACAUGAACACCUGUAUUAGUGAGAAUGGUAAAAUUGUUUCCUGGAUGCUAAAAUAGCAGUGAUUAGCAGACAUAUCUGGAUUUACAUUUCAUGUCCCUAACAUCAACAGUUACCUGAGAUUAUCAUCGGACAAAUUUGUUCUCAUAUUGUUCUCCACGUAUUUUGUUCUUGAAAAUGUUUAUUCACACAGUGAUGUUGCUCCAAAGAUUGAAAGGAUCCUUGAUGCAAAAGUUUUGAAAUUAGGAAUGUCGUCCUUCUGCGAAAACUGGUAAAAACCCACCAGUCCUUCUUUUAACUUGUCGCUUAGGAGGUAAUUUGCUUGCAACUCAAUGACCUCCGGGUGAAUUCAUCUGGGCGACUGGCCACGUCUGCUUCAAAUGGGUUUUGAAAAAGUCUCACUUCUUGCCCUUAAAUCCAAGUCAGGAAAACCACUGCUAAAACUGCAGCUGUGGGUCUUUGAUGAUCUCGCAUGCAAAUGACGUGGGGAACUCCGCUGUUGCUUCAGCCAUUAAGACCGUCCACUGUUGAAAAUGCGUCAAGUUGUUACCCUCUACUUUUUACAAAUAACCAGACGAAACGUCCCUAUCUUUUUGACCUGUUCUCUAAUUCAAGCCUCCACAGAUCUCGUUUUGCUAUUUCAUUAAUUUACUAGGCUUGAAUGCAGUCCUUUAAGUUAUAUUUUUAGUCAUAAAAGUAAACAGGUCUGCAGAAGGUCUACCAUAUAAUUGUAAUACCAAACCGUGAUAGAUGCACACGCGUGUUAUUUCGUCAAUAACAAUGUUUAUGAGCAUGAUAAUGAUUAAUUUCAAGAAAUUAAUGCUUGAAAAAGGCCUAAGUUCCUUUAUUUUAUAAUUAAAUAAUAAUAAUAAUAAUAAUAAUAAUAAUUGAAAUAUUAAAAUUCCUUAGGAUUAUUCAAUAUUAUUUACCUUUGCCUACGUCAACAUCGAUGAGCAUGAUAAUGAUAAAUCAAAAUGUAUCACAAUUGAAGAAAUCAAAUAAACUUAGGGUUCUAAAUUUUAUGUUUGAAAAAAAAAUGUAUAUAAUUAUUUUCAUUCCCUUAGUUUUUCUUCCAGAUUUUUCUUACAUAUGCUUAUAAGGCCGUAUUGAAAUGAAAUUUUUUGGAAACAUAGGGCAAGUAGGUGAUCAAGCAGCCGUGGACAGAUUAAGGCGUAAUCUAAAGAUGGCAACUCCUUAGUGACAGGGCCGUCUUAAGAACAUGGGGGGCCCUGGGCACAGCAAUGCACUGGGGCCCCCAGCAACACAGCACACCAGGGUCGUUUGAGGGGGGGGGAAGUGGUGCACACGCCCCAUGCUGAAUCAUAGGGGGGGGGGCGCAAACAUUUGUUGCAACCAACCCAAAUCAACAAGAGGAAUAAAAUUGCAAAUAUGAAUAAACACUCAAUAACGUUCAAAAUAGCUUAAUUCAACUUAUUUAUACAAAAACAAAAACAUUUCAAUUCAAUAAUGGUUUAAAAACAUCAGAAAUAUAUUAUAAUUCAUCCCAGAUAAUGAUAAAUUAUCAGGUUGUCCAUUUGAUUCUUUAGUCUUUCUGCCUCACGCCUCGUUUUUCCUUUUCCUGAUCACUGUCAGCUGUUACACAGUCCAGAGCAUCUUGUAUUUUUUUCGAAACGUUGACGGCAUCAAAAUGUGGCGACCAUCUUGUGUCAGACAGAUGCUUUACGACAACGAGAAAUUUUCCUAAGGAAGAUACCAGAACAUUCCAUCGAUGUGUAGAAGCUGAGAAAAGAGUAUAUAGGCCCUGAAAAAAGUCAAACAAGUAUCCAAUUUGUAGUCAACACUCUGCUGCUUUUAAGCCCACUAAGUCCAGACUGUGUCCAGCACAAGGGACAUACACGGCAAACUCGUUCAAUUGACGCAUCCAUGCUUGCAAUCCAGUGUAGCGACCAUAGGCAUACAAAUUUAAAGCUUUGUCACACGAUUGACCACGGCAAAUUGAAGGCGGAAUUUUGUUCUCAUUCAGGAAAUCCAAAAAAAUUGUCUGCUAGAUCCUUUGAUACAAAACAGUGUCUGCUAGAUCCUCUGCUCCAUGGGGAAAUAUGGAAAUUAACUUGAUAAAAUGUUCCACAGACUUACAUCCUCGAAUGUCCCUGACCGUAAAUGUCAGUUGAUCAAUGUGUGAAAUGUCUGAAGUGGAAUAAUAACUUAUUGAAUAUUACUUUGACUCUGUAAUGUCUUCCAGAAUAGGACAAAUGACAUGUUGCCCAAUUAGAUCUAUAAAUUACUCUAAAAUAUUUGCCGACAGAUGUGAUGUGUUAUCCUUCCCAGCAUGUCCAUUAUAGUUUGAGAUGCUCCUCCAAAAAAAAAAAAAGGAUUACAUUCACUCAGCAGCUCUAAAAUACCUAAGCACUUUCCAUUGUUUACUGACCCAAUAGUUUGAUCCUAAACCCUGGAGGCAAGGAAGCGAACGCCAUAAACCCCCACGAGUCAGAACUUUAUGCCAGAACUUCUGUUUUGACCUGUGGUCUUUGAUGAAUAAAGGACCUAAACACCUAGCUUCUUUCAGUCGAAGCAAAUAUGCGGUCAUGACCUUGCGAUGCACUACUCCAUUUUCAUGUUCUACAAUUAGAUUGUUAUGUUUCCAAUAAUUGAAUCCUGCUAUAACAAAGGGAAAUACUUUUUUUCGUACAAUAGACGACACGCAAAACAAUACAAACAACCUUGGUGUGGUGAAUAGAGAAGCCAUUCAAGUUUUACACACUCGCCAUGCCGCAGGUCACGUUUGAACAUAUUUCUUGAUAAAUACCUUGUCUUAGUUCUUUCUUCUCCAGCUCUGCCUGAGUUUGAAAUGUUGCAGUCAUGAUUCUGACACAAUGAUGGCCCACCGCGAAUUUAGUACCCAACUGUACAAGUGUUCUUAAUAUUCCCUAAGCCCGGGAUCUGUGUUGUGAAUCACACACUCUCGUUUUCUGACACAGUUUUGUGUGCUUCAGUUUUUACAAUUUCCCCAGCAGAGGUAAUAGGUAAUGGUAUUGUCUGGAACUAGAUGGCUGCAUCCAAUAGAGGAUGUAAAUGACGCUAAUUUAUUUUGAUGAGCAGUAUUAGUCACUGAUAUUUCGAUUGGAUUUAACCAAGAUGUUAAUUUUGCAAGUUUACCCGUUUUCCUUGUCUCCUCAGCUCUUUUUAUUUUUUGUGCUCCAAUUAUAAAACUAUUUUUUAUACCCGCUUAAGGGGUUAAACACCUAGAAAUAUUCAUUGUUUACAAGUAUUUCUAUAGCAAUAGCAGCAAUCCGUUUAAAAUGGAUUGCUCUGUCCCUUCAGACUGACGUGUGCCCCGCUAAAAAUGAACAUCGGGAAAUGAUCAUAGCCAUGGUGCAAUUAAUAAAAUUGAUCUCUGUCUUUGAGAUACCAGGAAUGUAAGAUGAAAAUGACAUUGAGCUUUAAACACUGAGCACAAUUAUGUAUAAAUGCCUAUAUAUUUCUGCCUACAGCUCAGACAUACGGUGACUGUUGGGUUCUAUUUAUCAUCUAAGUAUGUUUUUCAAACACAGAAUAAAAAAUAUUUUUCUGUUUAAAAAAAUAUAAAGUUAUUUGGUUUAUUUUGUAUAUUUUUUAAAUUAACUAACUUUUAAAAAGAAGCAUUCAUUGGUGACCUACAUAUUCCUUAUAUAAUGCUAAUUAAGUUCAGUAGUACUUGAACUGGUGCUAGGAUAGAUUUUUUCCACUAAUUUAACUACGGAGCAGUCGCGUACCUAAGGUUAAUACCGCCCGGUGCCAACAUCUUUGUUUGACUUGAUUGUAAACAAAUGCUCUAACUUCAUUAUUUUUCGAAUCAUAACUGGGAGAAGUAAAACUUAUUGACGAGAGUUAUUCCCCUUUAAAAGUUUAAAAAGUAUCCAACUUGUGAUUCGCAUUUAAAAUAUUAAUUUUGGAACGUGCCAAUAAAAUCGUAGGUUAAAAUUGGGAAAGAUGCUGUCCACUGAUUUUUAAAUCAAAUAUAAUUUCCAAAACGUUUCAAUAUUCAUUAACAAUAUUUGCAACAUAAUGCUUUUAUAAGAGUGAGUCUCCUGGAAGCAAGGGGGCCCCCAGAAGUGCGGGGCCCUGGGCAAGUGCCCACUGUGUCCAUGCCUUAAGACGGCCCUGCUUAGUGAAAGAAAAAGCCUUUCUAUAUAAAGCCUUUGUCCGUCCGGUUUUAGAUUACACAUCUUCAGUCUGGGACCCAUUUACCCAGAAGAGCAUUGGCAGGUUGGAGGCUGUCCAGCGACGAGCAUCACGCUUUGUCCUUAACAGCUAAACUAACACCUCUAGUGUUGGCAGCAUGCUGGAAACACUAGGCUGAUCACCAUUGGAGGAACGACGACGACUAUCCAGGCUCUCCAUGAUGUGCAAGAUAGAUAAUGGGCUGGUCCACUGUUGCAGUAUUAAACAGAAACUCGUCUCUUUCCCCCAUAGACAGCGACGAGGCCAUGACAGGCAGUUCCGGCUGAUACCAGCAAGAAGCCAGUACAUGAACUGCUCAUUCCUGACCAAUACAAUCGGGGACUGGAACAAUCUUUCAAAAGGAACAGUUGAGGCGACACCACUAGACACAUUUGUGUCUAUUGUCUCAAGCCUUCAAACCCUCAGUGCAUGAUUCCAUCACAAAGAAGCACUUGCAACCAGUGAAAUGUCCUCGUCAACAUCACGCACAGAAACAUUGCAAAUCCCCUCUACAUGCAUAGGAGCCAAAAUGAUCAAUAAAUUGAUCGUGGGCCCUUAAUAUAUAGAAGAAGAAGAUUUCGCUGAGUAUUAGUCAUAUAACAUAAGAUGACAGCAAGACAUCGAUCAAUAAUGAAGAUCUGAUUGCCUAGAGACUGACAGACAGAGACGAAAAGCUCAGUCCCUUUCGGAGGAAACCCAAAUUAAACCAAAAGUUAAAUUUUCCAGUCUUCUAAUGAUAGAUAUAAAGAAUAACUCAUACAUUUCACCAACUUCUACACCCCCCCAUGCCCAGGUAAAAACACCAAACCCCCCCCCCCCGCCCAGGGUAAAACCCGGAACCCCCCCCCCCCCCGGGACAAAAAUUUAAAAACCUGAAAGACAACUAUUUUAUUUCGUUUAUUUGUUCAGGAUAAACCACCGGAGACCGACUGCUUCAAGUGUCCAGAGUGUUACGAUGGAAAAUGGGAGUGCUACUCCAUUGACUGCGUCCCCGUUAGGGGUAUUUGCGUGGAUUCGGUCCGUGACCCAGGAAAAUGCUGCGCCAGGUGCCCUAAUGGUGAGUCAUGUUAGCACUAUCUAUAACUUCCAGGUGAGUCAUCAGCACUACCUAUAACUUCCAGGUGAGUCGUCAGCACUACCUAUAACGUCCAGGUGAGUCGUCAGCACUACCUAUAACUUCCAAGUGAGUCAUGUAAGCACUACCUAUAACUUGCAGGUGAGUCAUGUAAGCACUACCUAUAACUUUCACGUGAGUCGUGUGAGGACUAUAUAUGUCCUUCAGGGGUGUCGUUUUAGGACUACAUAUGUCCUUCAGGCGAGUCGUGUUAGGACGACAUACGUCCCCCAGGCGAGUCGUUUUAGGACUACAUUUGUCCUUUAGGCGAGACGUUUUAUGACUACGUAUGUCCUUCAGGCGAGUUGUUUUAGAACUACAUACGUCCGUCAGGCGACACGUUUUAGGUCUAUAUAUGUUCUUCAGGCGAGUCAUUCUAGGACUACGUAUAAUACCCUUCUGUUAAGCCGUGUUAGGACUACAUAUGUCCUUCAGGCGAGUCACGUUAGGACUACAUAUAUCCUUCAGGCGAGUUGUUUUAGGACUACAUCUAUCCUUUAGGCAAGUUGUGUUAGGAUUACAUAUGGCAUUCAGGUGAGUCAUGUUAGCACUAUCUAAAACUUUCAGGCGAGUCGUAUUAGGACUAUAUCUUUCUGUUAUAUAGAGCUUGUUAUAUAAUUUUUCUCGUGCGUGCACUCUGAUUGACCCCGCAUGAGACGCUGUGUUCACAUAUGGGUGUGGCUUAGUCUUUUGAUCUGUCGUGUUGAUGCCGACAGCCACCAAAAAUAAUUAAUCUGUUCCAAAUAGUAUUUUGUAGAAUGAUUGUGAUUGUUCUAGAAACGUCGUAAGUCUUUCUGGAAGGCAGGGCUUACGCGACCUAUAUAAGGGAUUGACAGGCACGGACGGAGAGACGGAGAUUCAGAUAGGUUUUAUUAACUUCACGAGACGUGUAUUGUUCUUUGUGUUCUUAUAAAUGUGUUUAUUUCGCAUUUCAUCAUUAUUCAUUGGCACAUUAUUCUAACUGUGUUAACUGUAUACCGGUACAAGAUCUACCAUACUGUAAGUCGAUGAUUUGUAAUGAUAUUUCUUUUCUUUUGUAAUUACAUUAAUACUUAUUAAAUUUGAUAAAUUGUAACUAGAAACUGUUUUGGGUGUCGUAUCUUUAAUAUUGUUGACGCUAUGUUACAGUAUCGUCCUUUGUUAGGCACUGCUUACAACGAGCAAAUUAAAAUUAAAAUAGGAGAUUAAUUUCUCAUAUUAGAAGCAAGUGCGUAACACUUUCCUUCAGGUGAGUCAUGUUAGCACUGCCUAUAACUUUCAGGCGAGUCGUGUUACGACUACAUCUUUCCUUCAGGUUAGUCGUUUGAUGACUACACAUGUCCUUCAGGUGAGUCAUGCUCGGACUACAUCUGUCUAUUGAGCGAGUCGUGUUAGGACUAUAUCUUUCCUUCAGGCGAGUUGCGUUAAGACCACGCAUGGCAUUUAGGUGAGCGGGGUUAGGAUUACCUAUGACCUUCAGAAGAGUCAUGUUAGGACUACCAAUGACCUUCGGGUGAAUCAUGAUAGAACUAUCUGCGCCCAACUCGUGGACAAGGCAGGUCUACUAUUGCCUUAACGGUAGAGCGACUAGUGUCCUAUUGGGGAUUCAAUCAUUUUUAAACUUUUAGGGCACAAAUGGUAAUUUUUGUUUGAGCCGCAUGUCCUGAAAUCAUAAAUUUUAAUAAUUUUUAUUCAGGAAAUUUCUUUUGCUUUUUGGUUGGUUUUUUUUUCCUGUUUUUUUGGUGGGUUUUGGUUUGGGUUUGAAAAAGGGGGGGGGGGGGGGGGCAAAAAAAGAAAGUUUAUUUUUGAUUUUUUUGAAGGGUGGUGAAUUUCUUUGUUAUUUCCCCAGAAAGUGUUCAGCCUGUAACGUAAUAAUAUGUGCUCACUUUGUCUCCCCACCAAAGGUCCCAACUGUAAGAUCAACAAUCAGAUAGUGAGCGUGGGUCAGUCAAUAGUCAUGGGCAAUGGUGGUGUGUGUUCCUGCUUGUCCGCCUCCAGUUCAGAACCAUCGCAGACUGUCUGCUUGCCACCAUCACCCCGAGAGACCACAAAGAAGAAACCAAAGACGACGCCCAAAGAAAAGAGCAGGAAAACACCUGCGACCACAACCAGGAGAACACCAACACCCAAGAAACCUGCAGAGACCACACGCAGGCCAACUCCAGCGGCCACAAAACGUGUCCCGACAACCCAGAAGACCCCACGGAGAGUCAGGUCCUAGAACACGCUGUGGGUUUUGCGCAAAGUUGAUAAAACUAUUUGAUAUUUAUAUAGUUUUAUCGAUAGUUUUAAAGUAACCAAGGAAAUCAGAUGUUAAACAUUUCGAAGACUUUCAAAAAAAAAAUAAUAAUAAUAAAUAAAUAAAAUAAAUCAUAAUAAUAAUAUUAUUUUAAGUAACCAUUAUUUCAAUAGUUCAAAUUCGAUUU